GUAUAUAGAUGUCGUAUUUCAAUAACAUAUUACAGUGCAUUAUCUCUCAGCCCACCAAUAGGCGUCGAUAAGAUAUCAACUCCGCGGACUUCUUCAGGGACCUUUACCGCUCAUACACAUACACCUACAUAUGUGAAUCUUUCACAUCUUCGGAUGCGAACUGAUUGUGUUCCACUAUGCCCCACAAUUCAACAUUCGUUGAGCCUGGUGGUCAAUUCUUCACGUCAGAAAAUAUGGGGAGGGCCCCCCUGUUGGGAAAUGAGACAGUAA